AACCGAUUCGCCACUCCGGCAGCAUUCGUCGUCUUCGUUGGUUGUGGAACUCACCUCAGUCAGCCAGCAACAUCCAUCGUCACAGAGCCGACUUGGCGUUCCUAUACUGACUGCAUCGUGCAUAGAUACUUAGCUCCCCGGGCUCUAGCCAAUUACUUCGUGGUAUAUUAACGCUCGCUAUCAGCCGGACAGAACUCAGUGUCUGUUAACGCUUCCUUCCCUGUGCAGCUCUCGAUCUUCGAUGCUUCGAAGUUUGCUCUCUGUGUAGAAUCCUAAGAAGUCCUAGUGCGAAUGUGAUUGGUUUCGGUUGAUCCUGAAUUUCGGUUAAAUCCUUGUGUUGUUGAACGCGGCUAGCGCAACUUUUACGUGUGUCUGUUGCCAAGAUCCAUAUCUUUAGGCCACGGCCAGAGUGAUAAGUGCCAACUAUUGAGUGAUUAGGUUUUAUCACUUGCCGCCACAUUCUUGGAAGGCUUUUGUACUCCGAUUGCAAUAUACUGCUCUAAUGACAUCUGAUUAGUGUGUGCAUCUUGUGUGGGAAUGAUCGUUGUCGCUUCUUCUACUAUCUUUGUCGCCGCUGCCGUUGCCGUUUGUGAUUUGUCAAUAAAAAUUAGAAGAAGAUUACCAGUGAUUGUGCUAACAGUAGCAAAUACCUUGGACCGAUAAGUGAUUCUGAGUGGCAAUUAGAGGCGACCUUAGUGGACCUUCAUGAAACGACACUACUUCGUUCAGAUGAAUAACCAACAGCGAGUGACUCCCGUGGGGGUCUGUGCGGUCAGUUCCAGGGCUCCCAGUCUGGAGGAUGGUUCCCAAAAAGGAGGAGGAGGGACGGUCAACGAGGGGUACGAUGUUACGGAUGAUGUCGACCAGAGCCCACCGGAUUAUGGGAUUGUGAACAUCUAUCAACGAUCGAGUGGAGAUUUGAGCAGUCUCGGUGGGAAGGGCAAGAACAUGUACGAAGGAAGCCACGAAAAGAGUGAAAGUGAUAAGGGGGGAAAUGGGGCCGAUGAAGAUAGUGAUAUAAUUACGGAGUAUAUUGGACACUACGGACUGUGGCAGUUUUAUUGGACAUUUUUGCUGUGCUUGUUCCAGAUCCCGACGACCUUCCACAUAUUUUGUCUUGUCUUCCAGGCCGCAAAUCGCGACUUCUGGUGUGCCCGCCCUGCGCACCUUCGCUCGAUACCACUCGAGUUGUGGCGUAAUCUGACGCACCCUAACGGGGGUCAAUGUUCGCACCUGAACGCACCCUACGAACAGCUGAGCCUGCAGAACUUCACCGACUACUUCGGAUCGGUAAACGUGUCAACGCUGGAGCAGGUCAGCUGCAAUGGGUACGAGUUCGAUUCGCGGAUUUUCGGCCAAACCGUGAUCACCGAAUUCGGGCUGGUUUGCGACCGGGCCCAGAUGAUGAGCAUUGUGGAGAUGUGCUUCCUGGCCGGGGCGGCAAUGGGAGCCGUUGGCAGUGGGUGGAUCUCGGAUCAGUUCGGUCGUCGGCACACGCUGAUGUGCUUUGCGCUGAUUCAGGCCGUUACGGGCUUUCUUCUCGGAUUCGUCACCUCGCUGGAGCUGUACAUGGCCCUCCGGGUGAUCAUCGGCUUCGCUUCCAUGUCGGUAGCCGUCGUAAGUUUUGUGCUGGUCGUCGAACUUGUCAGCGGAAAGUACCGGACCAUCAUCGGUAUCCUCAACAUCCUUCCGGUGGCCAUAUCCUACGUGCUGGCAGCCGCAAUCGCUUUCUUCACACGUGACUGGAGGCUUAUGCAGUUCGUGAUUACAACACCCGGUGCGUGUCUGCUGCUAAUGUGGUACUGGUGUCCGGAGUCGCCCCGAUGGCUACUGGCCAAGGGAAGAAUCGAGGAAUUGAAAGCCAUCAUCGAUCAAGCUGCCCGAGUCAACGGAUUCAAGCUUCCGUCGGGAUACGAGAAAACACUUCAGGUCCCGGAAACGGAAACCAGUGGCGAUGUGGUGUCCGUAUUCGACCUAUUUCGAAUAAAAUUCCUCAGAACAACGUUGGUUAUGCUGGUCGUCUGGUUCGGUAUUGUGCUGAUCUACUUCGGAAUAACGCUGCACCUGAGCAAUCUUGGCGGGGACAUUUAUCUCAAUACUGUCCUCGCUGGCAGUGUGGAAUCGAUUGCAAUCUGCCUCAGCAUAGUGGUCGUGCUGAAGCUCGGAUUACGUGUUAAUUUAUUCCUCUACAUGGUCGUCGCUGGCUUGUCAUGCAUCUUGAUGAAUUUCAUCCCGGACGGGAACCUUUGGGUGAUUAUCUCGUUGGCUAUGAUAGUCAAGUGUUCCGUAGGGGCGUGCAAUGCUAUCAUUCCGACGUUUACAGCCUACCAAUAUCCCACCACCAUGAGGAACCUCGGUGUCGGAGCCGGUAACUUUGCCGCCGGCGUUGCGCUCAUCAUUGUGCCGUACCUGUGGCUGCUGGAACACGUUGACCAGUAUCUGCCCAUUACGGUAAUGGGAGUGUGCAGCAUAAUCGGUGGGCUGUCCCUAAUCGCACUCAAGGAUAAGCUCAGUAAGAAGUACCAACAGCGGCACCGGAGCGGAAGUGGAAGCGGAGGCAGUAUGGUGAGCAGUGUCACACGGUCCACCGAUGACGAUACGAGGCGCAUCGACAAACACUUCCCCCGGGACAACGUGGAAAAUGGACUGAGCAACAUCGGAUUCGCUCAAAACGAGAGCAUAUUUCUGUGAGAAGAGCGUGACUGCCGCACUGUGGGACCGAAAUUGUAUAUAGAGCUACGAAUCGCAUGUGUCUUGCCGACUCCCCUGCCAGAGACCUCAUGCCGAGUGGAAAAUAAAUCACAUUUGUAUGGGAGGGAGGGGGUUCUGGACAUUCGGUUGCCGAUUGAUGACAGAGUACAAGAAACUUAAUUUUUAGUGUGAUUAGGACGGACGAAGCAUAACGGACAAUAAUGGUGGGUAAGCUCCUCGUACUAUGUCCGUCAUAGAAGGGCUGGUUCCAAACCAAUAUUGUCCACUGACUGGAGGGCUGAAGCACGGAGACAGGUGCACGUGAAGCGAGUGACUGCGUGGAUGGGUGUUCGCGGAUCGGUUUAUCACUAAAUUAGCUAUUAGCCGUUAUGUUGUAGCGUUUGUAGUGCAGUUACGAGGGUGCCAAUGUAGUAGGAUGUAUGUUACAGCAAAAGGUAGUACAUGUGCUCUGCUCACUUUUUUUUUUAUUUAGACAGAGGUGUAGCAUUGCAUGGGGCAGACUUUAGUCUGGUUCUUCGAAAAUAAGUGUUUUUUUUUUUUCUUUCCUUGAUGGGUCAUCCAUCCUACACCAGUAUUACAUGAACAACUAAAGCAUUAGAGCGCUCUAGCUGCACAAGCAAUUCGCGAACUACUGAGCCGGAGCUAAGAAAUAAAAACUGGAGACAAUAAUGAAUUUAGUGGCUACUGCCUAGGAUUAUGAGAUGCACUCAAGUAUUACGGAUGCCAAGUAUAGCUUAUAUAGUGUAUCACGUCGUUAGACUUUAUUGUUGUAGAUAUAAAAUAUUAUUGAUGUAAAUGAUUGAGAAUCUGUUUUACUAUAAAUAUAAAUGUGAUCGUUCAUCAAACA